AUGGGAGAUGCUUUUACGAAAAAGGGUUAUAAGGGUUGGAACAAGGCUAAGGAAAGACUCAAAACUCAUAUUGGAGAGGUAAAUAGCAUCCACAACAAGUGUUUCAACAUGAUGAUUGAUUUGAUAAAUCAAUCACAAUCAAUUCACACUUCUUUUGACAAGCGUAACGAGAAAGACAAAAAUGAAUCUCGACAUCGCUUGGGUGCUUCAAUUGAUGUGGCAAGGUUUCUCUUAAGAUUAGGAUUGCCGUUUCGUGGUCAUGAUGAGAGCAUAUCAUCUACAAAUAGAGAUAUUGUUGAUGCUUGUGCAAAAGAAACAAUCAAAGCUAUUAUUGAAGACAUGGAUGGUGAUUAUUUCGGAAUACUGGUUGAUGAAUCGAAGGAUAUAUCACACAAGGAGCAAAUGGCACUUGUUCUACGAUAUGUUGACAAAAAAGGUGAAGUGAUAGAGCGAUUUGUUGGUAUUGUCCAUGUUAAUGAUACAUCUGCACGAUCAAUGAAGGAAACACUCUAUUCUUUUCUUUCGGAUCACUCAUUAAGUCCAUCUCAAAUACGUGGACAAGGUUAUGAUGGUGCUAGUAACAUGCAAGGAGAACUAAAUGGUCUUAAAAGUUUAAUUUUGCGUGAUACUCCAUCCGCAUAUUCCACUCAUUGUUUUGCUCACCAAUUGCGCUUGACACUUGUGGCUUUUGUGAAGAAAAAUUCAGAUGUGGAUGAUUUUUUUUGUAUAGUUACUAAUGUAUUGAAUAUUGUUGGAGCAUCUUAUAAGCGCGGAUUUGCUCGGACAACAUCAAGUUGCAAAGUUAGAAGAGUUGCUCAUUUUACGGUGAAGUGCACACAGACGGGACUAAAUCAGAACGUGGGCUUCAACGACCGUGUGAUACUGCGUUGGGGUUCUCAUUAUAAAACAUUGCAGAACUUCAUUGAUAUAUUUCCAUCAAUUCUUUAUGUUCUUGAAUUUGCUGCAUGUGAGUGUCCAAAUUAUAUCGAUAGACUUACAGCUGAAAGUCUUGUGGAUAAGAUUAAGGGGUUUGAUUUUGUUUUUAUGUUGCACUUGAUGUUGGAAGUUCUGAAGAAGACAAAUUAUUUGAACUACUCGUUAUAG